AUGUGAUCACGUAAAAGGUGUUACUUGAAAUAGCAAUAUCAAAAUAUGUAAAAUUAAAUUAUUAGUGUUUCCAAAAAUAUUAAUAAUAACAAGUAAAAAAAAUAAUACGAAGACUUUGUUUUCAACUGGUUUUUAUUAUGAACAGAAACCACGUUGGCGCCUAGUAUAUUUAUAAAUGAGAUCGGUAGUGGGAGGACGACUAGUAACGUGACAUUGGUAAAUCAAGAAAUAGAGAAAGGAGGAAGAAAACAAAAUUAGUUAAGAAUGUAAGUAAUCAAGAAUGUGUCGGUAGUUUUACGUUUUUUGUGUGAUUUAAUAAUUCUCAACGGGAAUAUGUGCAAUCGUACAAUUAGUGAAAUUAAAAAUAACGAAACUAACAAAUCAAUAAACGUUAAUUUUAUUAUAAAGACAAUUCAAUAUCGAGAUUCAUUUUGGUUACAUGAUUCUACAUGCAAGAGAUCCAAAGUGUCAUGACAGAAACUAUGGAUGUAUUGAUCGAUACAGGCAAAGAAGUAUCCGACAUGGGCGAUGUGAUUUCUACAUAUAUUACAUCACCUGAAAAAAAACGUAAUAAAACAAAGACACAAUGGCGACAAUGGCUAGCAUGUAUUUCCGCAACUCUUUCCAUGGUAGCAGUGGGUACUGUUUAUGGAUGGGUAACGACUUCUCUCUCUCGAUUAACAUCCGAAAAUAGCGGAAUGCCAUUUAAGAUAACAAACGACGAAGGUUCAUGGAUUGUAUCUUUAACUGUAAUUGGUUCUAUGACCGGUCCUUUUCUGGGUGCUUGUUUAGCUGAUCGUUUUGGUCCUAAACGUUGUCUUUUGAUAUCCAGUGGAUUUUUCAUCGUAGGUUGGCUUUUGGUGUUAUUCGCAAAUACUGUAGCUGUUUUAUACGUUGCUCGUGUCAUUCUUGGUAUAGGUGUUGGGAUUUCUUAUACAACGAAUCCCAUGUAUGUCUCGGAAGUGGCAGAUAUCAACAUUAGAGGUGCUUUAGGUACUUUAAUAGCAGUGAACGUAUUUACUGGAUCACUGAUGACAUGUAGCAUAGGACCUUGGGUAUCGUAUAAAAUACUGGCAACGAUUUUAUUAGUGAUACCGAUAUUAUUUAUUGCAUCCUUUGUAUGGUUUCCUGAAAGUCCUCAUUUUUUAGCAGUAAGAGGUCGUAAAACCGAAGCUAGCCAAUCAAUAGCAUUUUUCAAAGGUAUUCACGAUCCUAAUGAAGUGAAAAAAGAAUUAUCCUUAAUUCUACGCGGAUUAUCCAGGAAUGAUUCUUUUCAGUCAAAUACAAGUCAAAAUAUAGAGAUAAUUACAUAUACCUGGUUGACCAAACUACGAUUUUUAUUAUUACCAAAUAAUAUGAAAGCUUUAUGCAUUGUUGUUUCUUUAAUUGCAGCGCAACAACUUAGCGGAAAUUUUAGUACUAUACAAUAUCUCGAUGUAUUGUUCAGGAAAGCAGCAAUUAGUAUUGAUUCGAAUGUGGCGACUAUUAUUGUUUUGGCUGUUGGUCUCAUAUCUGGUAGUUUAGCCACUAUAACAGUGGAAGUUGCAGGAAGACGAUCACUUUUGAUGAUUUCUACAUUUGGAUCAUUCCUUACAUUAGCUAUUCUAGCGAUUUAUUUUAUGCUCGAUAUUAAAGGCAUUGAUGUUUCCAUGAUCAAUUUUCUUCCCGUCAUUGACGUAAUCUUUUUUCAGAUAGCAUUUCAAAUAGGUUUAGGCGUGUUACCUAAUGCACUUAUCGGUGAAUUAUUUCCUACGGAAGUAAAAAGUGUUGCAGGUGCCAUCGUUACAAUUUUCGAUGGUAUACUUGGUUUUAUUGUGUCAAAACUGUAUCAAGUUAUUGGUGACAGUUUUGGAUCACAUACGGUCUAUUAUUUCUUCUCGGCAUCUUGCUUAUUAGCUUUUUUCAAUGUAAUGUUAUUUGUGCCAGAAACAAAAGGUAAGACGUAUCGCGAGAUUCAAGCGCUUUUGGCUGGGAAGGAAUUGAAUUUUUCAAAUGAAAGAGUUAAAAGUGAUGACAAUGAUGUUAUAUGAUACGAAGAAUUAUACCAUAAAUGUGAAUCACAAUCUCUAUUUUUGUGCAAUUUUUUAUUUCUUGAUUUUAUUAGAAAUAUUUUAAUGUUGGACUUAAUGACUUAAUGUUUACAGGAUAUUAUAAUUUUGUUUAUAUGCGUAAUAAAAAAGUUUAUAAUAAAAGCAA